AUGGAAAAAUCGGAAGUUGAAGAAACAAAGAAAGAGAGCUGCCAUGAAGAACUGAGCACCGAAGAAUACCUAAGAGAGAAGUUUUUAUCUGUAAAGAAGCUAUCUGUGGAAGCUAAAGAGAUCAGUGCAAGCAAGGAACUGGAAAAACUAAUUCUUCCAGGAGAUACAGUUAUCAGAAAUGUAGAGGAAGUUUCAACUGAAGAAAAAUUUCCAGAUGUAACAAAGGAUGCAGCAAACAGGACUGACCAUGAAGAUCACAAAGAUGAAACAAACUUUGAAAAUGCAAUGACAAAGGACACAAGUGCAGGAGAAGAGAAAGCUGAAACCAAACCAAACAAAGCUGAAAGUGAAGUGGAAAGACUGGAAGAUUCAACAGAAACUAUGACUUCCCUAUCUGACCUUCUUCAGAAGUCCAUAAAAGAAACAUCAGAAGAAGCUAAACACGAGAGUGAACAGGAAGAACCAAUAUCCAGGGAAGAAGAAACACAAACUAAAGAAUCAGAAACCACCGAGGUUGGAGAAGCAAAAACAGAUGAAGAAGAAGAAGGAGAUGAGUCCAAAAAGGCAGAUUCUGGCUCUGAUGGUCCUGUAAUUGUAGAAAUUUCAAGAGACAUGGAGAAUAAGGUUGUACAUAAGAAAUCGCAUGGUAUACUUUCAGGUGUUGGGUCAAAGGUCAAGCAUUCUAUUUCAAAGGUGAAGAAAGCCAUUACUGGCAAGUCUUCUCACCCCAAGCAUCAGCGAAAUGAAGGAAAAGAAGACAUUUCACCCAGUAGCUAG